AGGGACAACUCACACCAGAAACAAGGCCUGUGUGCAGGCAGAAGGUAAGGGGAAUCUUCUACAGGGUAGCAAAACGGUAUGACCCUGCAGCUUCAGAAGCUUAGAGCUUUCUCGAAGGCCAUUAUUUCUGCUUUGUCCCUCUUUCUGUUCAUCUUUUUCAGGACAGUAUGGCUGAGCAUACGUCAAGUAACCUAGACUAGAAGUCAGGAAAUGAGGGGUGAAAGUCAUAGGAAAAUGAGGAAAUGACCAACUAUAUGUUUCCUAAAUCUGAGGAGAGCUUUUGAGAUCUGAAACCUUCCACUCUCUGGCUUUACUGAGUUAUAUUGGCAUAGAUAACUGGUAUCAUUGCACAUUCUGUGAAUAAUACAAAGGCAGUUGGCAAAAGAGAGCAGAGGGCUUGGAUUCAGAAGACUUGAGGUCAGGCCAUCUAGUCAUCCUUUAUAAGCUGUGUGGCAUCAGGUAAGUGAUUCUGCCUCGAAUCCCAAUUUAACCUACAACUGCUACGGAGCUGGUGUUUUCCAGGCUGAUCCUGGGUCUGGGACAUGGAGAGUGACUUUCGGGAAAUGCUGUUGUUGACCGGCCUGGACCACAUCACGGAGGAGGAACUGAAACGGUUCAAGUACUUGGCCUUGACUGAGUUUAACAUUCCCAGGAAGACACUGAACAUUGCAGACAGGACGGAGUUAGCUGACCAACUGAUUCAAAGUGCAGGAGCAGCAUCUGCGGUGGCGAAAGCCAUUAGUAUUUUCCAGAAGUUGAAUUAUAUGGAUAUUGCAAAGGCUCUUGAAGAGAAAAAGAAAGAAGCUGAAAGUAAAUAUAUGACAAAUACAAAGAAGAGAGGAACACAGAAAGUAGAAAAUAGAAGUCAAGCUAAAAACUGUUCUGUUGCUUCUGCCACCCGCAGUGACAAAGACCUCAAGGGACACUCUGCUACAGAAGUCUGUCCUCAAGUUAAGCCUCAGAAGAAACAGAUGGUGGCAGAACAGGAAGCCAUCAGAGAAGAUUUACAGCAAGAUUCACUAGUGGUCAUGGUGCUGAAAGCUAUGAAUCCCUUUGAGUGUGAGACCCAGGAAGGAAAACAAAAGAUAUUCCAUGCCACAGUGGCCACAGAGACAGAAUUUUUCUUUGUAAAAGUUUCAAAUGCACAGUUUAAAGAUAAAUUUAUUCCAAAGAGAACAAUUCAAAUAUCAAAUUAUCUCCGUCACAGUUACUUUGUGGAGGUCACCAGCUCCUCAGUUGUGGUUGAUGUUGAAUCUAGCCACAAGGUCUGCGUUCCUAAUAACAUUAUGAAGAAAGCUGGAGAAACUCCUAAGAUUAGUAAACUGAAAACUCUGCCGUGCGGGACAAUUGUGAAUGGGUUAUUUAAAGUCCAGAAGAUAACAGAGGAAAAAGAUAGAAUAAUAUAUGGCAUACAUGACAAAAGAGGGACCAUGGAGGUGUUGGUGCUUGGAAACCAGAGCAAAACAAAAUGCGAGGAAGGAGACAAGAUUAGACUCACAUUCUUUGAGGUGUCAAACAAUAGAGGGAAAAUUCAGUUGAAAUCUGGACCCUAUAGCAUCUAUAAGGUUAUUAAGGCUGCAAAGCCCAAAACUAAGGUGAAAAGUGUGGAGUGAAGUCAACUCAUCUAAAAAGCACUGUUCUGAAGAAUCCUAAUUCUGCUUCUUGAACCAGACUUAAUUAACUACCUGAGGAUAGCAGCUUUCAGCCGUAUAUUCCUAUUAUAUUAGUAAGAAAAGGACAAACACACUCACACACAAAAAAAAAACCCAACUGAAAAUGUAUUAUUAAUUAAUUAUUAUUAAUUAAAUUAUUGCUUUGUCUAAGGGUUGGGCUAUUAUUCUUCUCUACAAAGAAAUUGAGGGUAUAAAUAUGGCAGAAUUGGAGAUGUGACAGCUGGGGCUGGUAUGAGAGAAGCCUGUGGUUGAUAGAGAAGAAGGUUGGUGAUAUAUUUUUUUAAUUUUAAUUUUUUAAUUUUCUUUCGGGGAGGAGGUUACAAGGGUGGAGGGUGGAUAUGGGAGGACUAAGACAUGAGUGAGAUGAUGUUAAAAAAAAAGGGAAGAUUGUUGAAAAAUAAAUAAACAUGAUUUUAUUCAGAAUUCAGAAAGUU